AUGCCCUCCGCGUACGCGCAGCGAGCCCUGACGGUGCUGCUGCUCUUCGGGACCUUGUCCGCUGCCAUGGCCCUGCUCUCCUCCAGCCUCAUCUUCCAGCUCCCGUCGGGCCGGGCCGCUCCCGGUGCCGCCCCCGGUGCCGGCGGCGGUCGCGGGGCGCUCCCGGAGCCGGUGGCCGCCGCUCUGCUGCCGGUAUCGGCCGUGCUGGCCGCGCUCUGCCUGGUGCUCAACGUGAGCUGCCUCCUGCUCUGCCUCCUCCACGGCUACUUCAGCACCGAGCUGUGCCGGGGGCAGCUCGGGCCCGAGCGGGCAGACUGGUUCCUCCUGGACAGCCGGAGCGUCCGGCACGCAGCCAUCGGCCUCUUCUGCUGCGGGGUCUGCCUCUACCUCACAGCUCUGGCCCUUUUCAUGCUGCUGCUGUUGGAGCUGGAGGCUGCCAUCGCCAGCUCCUGCAUCCUGACCUCUGGAAUCCUCGUCCUGCUCAUCUCCGUGCUCCACGCGCUGCUCCGCGCUUCCCACAUUUCCCGGAUUUCCCGGAUUUCCCGAGGCUCGGAGCCUGCCCAAGCCCUGUACGAGAACGACUCCGCCCAGCCCGGGCACGGCAGCGACCUCAAGGGGAACCGCCCUGAAAUCCCCAGGGAAUUCUCCUUCCCACCUUCCCUGGAGCGCAAAUCCCAGCCGGGCUCCGCCUCCAGCAGCAAGCGGAGCGAGGAAAUCCCCAGGGAAUUCCAGCAGGAAUGUCAGGAGUGGUCCAGGAGCGAGGAAAUCCCCAGGGAAUUCCAGCAGGGAUGGUCGAGGAACAAGGAAAUGCCCAGGGAAUUCCAGCAGGGAUGGUCCAGGAGCAAGGAAAUCCCCAGGGAAUGUCUCCAGGAAUGUCAGGAUUUGUCCAGGAGCGAGGAAAUCCCCAGGGAAUUCCAGCAGGAAUGUCAGGAUUUGUCCAGGAGCGAGGAAAUCCCCAGGGAAUUCCAGCAGGAAUGUCAGGAUUUGUCCAGCAGCAAGGAAAUCCCCAGGGAAUUCCACCAGGAAUGUCUCCCCUGGUCCCGCACGCACAGGACCCUGGACUCGGGGCUGCUCCAGGAGCAGGGAAAACCUUGGAAUUCCAUCACCAGGACCACGAUGUCCCACAAGGACUCCACGCUGGUGUGA